GCCCGCAGGACACGCUCAUCUGGCGCUUUCUGCUCGGCAGCGCGCCCACGUGGCUGCUCAAGAAGGCGGCGGCGGAGGCUGCUGCCCACGAGGACCUCAUGCUCGUCGGCGGCGAGGACGAGAUGGAAUACAGUCACGUGGGCGACGCGUAUCGAUUUGCUGAGCGAUACCAACCCAGAGAUCCGGAAGAUUGUGCGCGCGCUGCGCGCGGCCGCUCAGUCGAUGACGUUCGACUUCGUUGCCCAGGUUGAUGACGAUUCGUUUGUGAACCUGCCGAUCUUGUUUGAGAUCCUGGAGUACCUGCCCAAAGAGCGAGUCUACGUAGGGAACAUGAUCGACACAGUGCCGCAGCGGGGGGGUCUGAGCAAGAUCGUCACGCCAGAGUACAGCGUGAACAUCUACCUCGCCGCGCCCUCGAAGGUGCCUGUUUUUGCCCACGGAAUGGGAUUCAUCGUCUCCUCAGACGUCGCCCUGCUCAUGGCCAACAUGGGCCUCCGGCUGAAGUCAAGGGCGAACGACGACCUCAUCCUGGGCGUGUGGUUCCGCAACGUCGAGCACCUCUAUUACCUCCACUACUGGAUCUGGAUGUUCGACCACGAGGAGUUCGGCGGCAUGUUCGCGAUGCCGUGCGACGAGCAGGCCAUUCUUGUCCACAGGAGUGCCACGUGUGCGGCCCGGCCGCGCCGCUGAUGACCGACGACCCCGACCUGAGCCCUCGCGCGACGAGGACACACUCCCCUCACGCCACAAUGAGACGUACUGGCAAUGUCUGUCGUGCUUUCCAUGUUGCUGCUCCACUUCGUUUUCCUCUCCUGCUGCUGCUCCCUCUCAUCCUCCUCCUCAUCCUUCUGCUCCUCCUCCUGUUCCUCC